UCAUCAUGUAGGUCCUGUAGAAGGUAUUUAGUGGCGAGUUACUUAGAGUUUAUCACUAAGAAGACUGAGUAAGACUGAAGUGUCAACGCUCACCCAAACAACGGACGCGCGCACAAGGAACAAGCCAGGGGGGAAACUCUGUCAAGAAACUACUCUCUUAUGAUAGUUUAUACACGUCGUUCAUCCAGAAUGUGAACAAAAUCAUCAUAAGGUCAAAAACAUCAAGGGAAUAAACAGUUCUUACGUGGUCGUCAGUUAGCCAACAGAGCGGAGGAGCGAGGUGCGGCGUAUGGGAUCUCUCGGCUGUUCUCUGUCUCGUGUCCUAACAGUAACAGCUGAUCAGUAGGUAGUUGGCAGCUACCAAAGAGGGAGGUACUACCGUCUGGGAAGAUAUUGGAAACAGAAUGUGUUGUCUAAUGGUAGACCCUGCUGCCAUAUGUGACCAAGUCCCAGGUUGAUGAUCUGACUUUCUGCCUCAUUUACACACAAUUGCAGGGUCUCAAUUGUUUCUCUUAAGGUGCCCACACACUAUCAAAUAUGUUUGUCAAACAUGGUGUUUGAUCAUACAAAUUUGAGUGUGGGCAAACCAACAUGUUUGAAGAAGAUUAAACAAGUUUGAUAUUUUCUCGUCCAACAUGACGUUUGUCAAGCAUGUUGGAUGGUAUGUGGCAAUGUAUGUUCAAACAUGCUCAAUCGAGUAGCAGUAGCCUUGGCGAGCGCACUGGACUCCCGUGAGUUUUGGAGAGAGUUUAUUGAACUUUAUAAGCAGUCUCCAUCAUUGUGGCAAAUAAGAAGUGAAGCUUACAACAAUAGAUCUCUUAACCCUACCUGGUGCAGGUGUCUGGCAUCAGUAUCUAUUACAGGUUACUUCAUUCCCAUCUGCCGAGUGUUCACAUCACACCACUCUGGCGUACCGGCAUUAAAAUGGGACAGAAGAAGGGUUCUGUGGAACCCCUUGUGGUCAGGUGGGGAUCACAAUGACCUUCAUGAUUCUUGAAUCCUGCCAUAUAACUUCAUUGGUUUUCAAGCAACCACCAGGUUCAAGGCAUCAGCUUCUAGAUAGCAAGGAAAUGAUUGAUUCAUUGGAAAUGUGUGAAACAUAUUCACAAUAAUGAAGACAAAACAGAAGAAUAACUAAAGGGGGAAGGAAAAGCUUCAAGUCCUGUAGUAUUGCUCUCACAUGAAAGCAUAGAUGGACUUUGAUCAGUUGUUUAUGACCUUGUCUUAUGGUAGACUUAAAAACCUAAGUAAAAAGUAUUUGAUGCAUAUGAACAGAGAUACUCUUAGCAGCAUGAUGUAUGGUAGUGACUGUUCUUAUCAGAAUUCUCAAGAUAACUCCAUGUUCUCCCAACGCAUACAGCCGGAGGAAUUGAUGUUACCAUCUAUUCAUGGUAAAAAUUUUGUGUGCAAAUGCAGUAAAAUAUUCUCAAACAAAGCUGAUUUCACACGGCAUGUAAGAGUCCACACGGGGGAGAAACCUCAUGCUUGUCUUGUAUGUGGAAGAGAAUUCUCCUUGAAGGGUAAUCUUACUAAGCAUAUGCAGCUUCACACAGAUCAGAAAACUUAUUGCUGCCCUGAAUGUAGUAAAACUUUCAACAAAAAAGUAUAUCUUCAUCAGCAUAUGCGGAUUCAUAGCGGUGAAAAACCUUUUAAAUGCACCCAUUGCGAUAGAGCAUUCUCUCUGAAAGGUAAUCUUGUUCAGCAUGAGAAGCUGCACACUGACAGGAAAACAUAUGAGUGUCCUGACUGCAACAAACUUUUCCUGAAGAAGAGCUACCUUGUUCAGCAUGUGAGGAUACACACUGGAGAAAGACCACAUAAAUGUGACUUGUGUGACAAAGCCUUUUCACUGAAGGGUAACUUGGUUCAGCAUCUACAGAGACAUAGUGGUGUAAAGCCUUUUUCUUGCUCUUUAUGUGGAAAGUCCUUUGCUCUGAAGGGAGCUCUAAAAGAGCAUGAUAAAGUACAUGGAGGUGAAAAACCCUUUAUAUGUUCAGUAUGUAAUAAAGCUUUCAAAAAGAAAGUCUAUCUAGUGCAACACUCCCGAGUUCAUACGGGUGAAAAGCCAUUUUCUUGCAGUGAAUGUGGCAAAUCAUUCUCUCAGAGAAGUAUUCUCAAUCAACACAAGAAACGACAUUAUGAGAAAUCCUUCAAAUGUGUAGAAUGUCAUAACCUGUUUCUGAAGAAAAUUUAUCUUCCAAUUAAAAAGCAGAGAAUAGGACCCUUCAAAUGCACUGAGUGUGAGAAAGAGGACCAGGAGCUAAUUCUAAAGUCAGAGUCUGAUGACGAAUGUUUGUUACAUGAUGAUGAUGACGAUGAUGACGAUGAUGAUGAUGAAGAGGAGGAGGAUGAUGAUGAGGAUGAUGAUGAUGAUGAUGAUGAUGAGGAGGAGGAGGAGGUUAAUAAUUCCUACAACUGCAGUAUUCCUGGGAAAAAUUGUCUUCAAAACACUGGUAUGUCUUAUGAUGAGAGAAAGUGUAUGGCACAUGCUCAUAUGUCUCAUGAUGAGAGAAGAUAUAGAGAUGUUUCUAAACCGGUUGACCACAGUGGGGGAGGACCAUUUUCUGGGUGCAAUAUGAGGGACAUGGUGUCAAAGAAUGGUAGAAAUUUGAGUGAUUUGUUACAUUCAAACCGUCUAGAUGCUGGCUGUGGAGAUUUAACCAAGUAUGGAGAUAACUCACAGAGGUCCAGUAAUGCUGUUCACUACCCAAACACAGCUGCAUGGACACCUGGCAGUGACUGCACGAAGAGAGAACAUGUGGAUCAGCUCCAUAUUAAAGAAGAUGAAGAUAUGUUUUAAAGAAAUUGAGGGACAUUUUCUCCUGGAUGCAAGAUUAGUUGCCCUAGUACAAAUUGUCAAAAUAAUGGUAUUACCUGUACUCUAUGCUGUACUGAUGUUUGACCUUAUAGUGUUCUUUAUUUUUUCUUAAAGAGAUUACCAGUAUUUCAUUCUCUGAUGAAAUGGUUCCAUAUAACAUGUGACUGAUGCCUCAUGUGUUUAACAUCUCCUUUGAAGAGGAAGUUGAAAGUGGAUAAGUAUGCAGUUUCCAUCAUCAUGAAAAAUCAUCAUGUAAAGGUUAUCAUCUUUUAAUAAUGAAACAUUGAAAUAAUGCAUAACAUUGAGAUGUUGGAGCAUGACAAUGGUAAGAGAAUAGAUUUAAGAUAGCUAUAGAAAAGAAAGUAAUUUAAGAAACUACAUAUUAAGUAUAAUAGCAGAAAGUAGUAAAAGAAUUUCAAUAUAUUUUUUAAAUGCUUUUGUCUUUUAACUUAGUGCUUCAAAUAUAAUUGCCAGUCACCAGGCAGUAAAUUUAAAUAUAUGCCUUAGUGUAGGAGCGAGUGCAAAUUACAUGUACCAUGAAGACUAAUCUCUGAUGUAAUACUUUUAUCUCUUAGUCAACACUUAUUUCCUUUAUUGUGUUUUGCCAAGCUCCUACACUUGUCAUUGGAUCAUGUACCGUAGCUUUACUUUAGGGUGCACAAGGUAGAAAAACACUUAAUUUAUGUACAUUAAUACUGGUUGAUACUGUAUUAAAGAACCUGUUUACUUGUCCCAUCCUUAUAGUGUGAGGAUGAGAGGAGAAAACCAGCCACUCCACAUCCUAUACAGUAGAUGGGUAGAUAUUCACUUGUAGUGGAGUUUGCUUAUAAUUUUUCAGUGAUAUAUAAAUGAAUAGUCACUCAGAUGUGAUGCGUGGGGCUGCUUUUUUUUUUUUGAGGCUCUGACUGAGAAAACCCACAUUUGUCACUGAAAUUAGAUUCAAACUCCCUUCAAGAUUUAAUGGUCAGUGAAUAUUAGAUGAUGUAUUUUAACCUUAUUCAGCAGUCAUUAGAAAAUUUUAGUACUGUG